AUAUCGUCGAUUGAGUAUAUUUUCCUUUGGGUCUUAGAAAAUUAUUUUCAGUAUCUAUAUUUUUUUUGUUUUUAUCAUCAUCAUCGGUGCCUUGGAGGAGCCUCAGUCUUAGAACUCCUCUCAGUCAGUAACUGAUCGUGCUUCGAAGUUGUCGCAAUUUCUUCUCUGCUCUGCUUUUAUUGAGCUCUCGAUCCAAGGAAACAUUAUCUAGAAUUGCGGUUUCGAUUUUCUUGUUGAAAUUAUUAUUCGUGCAGUUGUUCAAUUAUUGAAAUUUGCGUGUUUUUAAAUAAAUAUUUUUUUUCUUAAUUAAAAAAAAUAAACUUUAUACAAAAAAAUGAGGGAAAUCGUUCACUUGCAAGCCGGUCAGUGUGGCAAUCAAAUCGGCGCUAAGUUCUGGGAAAUCAUUUCCGAGGAACAUGGAAUCGACCCAAACGGUAUCUACCAUGGUGACAGUGACCUGCAACUGGAAAGAAUCAGUGUCUACUACAACGAGGCAUCAGCAGUGACACGUUCAUCAGGCGGUAAAUAUGUCCCACGUGCUAUUUUGCUCGACCUCGAGCCAGGCACCAUGGAAUCGGUGCGAUCCGGUGAAUAUGGUCAACUCUUCCGUCCAGAUAACUUCGUUUUUGGACAGUCUGGAGCUGGCAACAACUGGGCCAAGGGUCAUUACACUGAAGGUGCUGAGCUGGUUGACAAUGUGCUCGAUGUAGUGCGUAAAGAAUGUGAGAAUUGCGAUUGCUUGCAGGGUUUCCAACUUACGCACUCUCUUGGUGGAGGAACUGGUUCCGGAAUGGGAACACUCUUGAUUUCAAAAAUUCGUGAGGAAUACCCCGAUAGAAUUAUGAACACUUACUCCGUUGUGCCAUCACCAAAGGUGUCCGACACCGUUGUAGAGCCAUACAACGCCACUCUGUCCAUCCAUCAACUGGUCGAGAACACUGACGAAACCUAUUGUAUCGACAACGAAGCUCUCUACGAUAUUUGCUUCCGAACGCUAAAGGUGUCCAACCCCAGCUACGGCGAUCUCAAUCAUUUAGUCUCUCUAACUAUGUCCGGUGUGACAACUUGUCUUCGUUUCCCCGGACAGCUGAAUGCUGAUCUUCGUAAACUGGCCGUUAAUAUGGUGCCUUUUCCACGUUUGCACUUCUUUAUGCCCGGAUUUGCACCACUUACAUCCCGUGGAUCACAACAAUACCGUGCCUUAACCGUCCCCGAGCUUACACAACAAAUGUUUGACGCUAAAAACAUGAUGGCGGCGUGUGACCCACGUCAUGGUCGCUAUUUGACAGUUGCUGCCGUCUUCCGAGGUCGUAUGUCAAUGAAAGAAGUUGAUGAGCAAAUGCUAGCCGUGCAGAAUAAGAACAGCAGUUACUUUGUCGAAUGGAUUCCGAAUAACGUGAAGACAGCCGUGUGUGACAUUCCACCAAAGGGUCUGAAAAUGUCAUCGACCUUCAUUGGAAACACAACAGCCAUUCAGGAAUUAUUCAAGCGAAUUUCGGAACAAUUCUCAGCUAUGUUCAGGCGUAAGGCUUUCUUGCAUUGGUACACUGGUGAGGGCAUGGACGAAAUGGAAUUCACAGAGGCUGAGAGUAAUAUGAAUGAUUUGGUGUCCGAGUAUCAACAAUACCAAGAAGCAACCGCCGAUGAUGAAUUCGAUCCAGAAAUGGCUGAAGAUGUCGAAGGCGAAUGUGUCUAAUCUUCCUUCCUAUAAAAAAAAACUGUAUUGAAAGCGUAAAAAGUUCCAAAGUUCCAUUAAAAAAGAACGUCAACACAAUUCUGCCUUAAAUCAUACCUAUUUCUUUUUUUUACAUUUCACUCGAAACAAUAUUAUUCAAAAAUAUUUACAACCUGUAUCUAUCCAUUUUUUUCUAUUCAUGUCACAUUAUAUCGUCGAUCAUUAAUAUUAGGUAAUUAAGAAUUAAAUAAAAAUUAAAUUCCUAUGAAAGUAGUUUAAGUUCGAUAAUUUUUUUUAUAUAGAAUAUCAUAAAAAAGUCUUAUGCAUCAUUCAUUUUGUAUCUUUGUGCUUAUAUAGUCAGUGUAACCCAAAGAAUUUUUUUUCUUCUCUCUUUGUUUCUAUGUUUCAUCAUAUAAUAUAUAAUUUUUUGUAUCCUUAUAUUUUUUACCAUUUUCUGAGAACCUUUAAUUUCAUCGUAAUAAUAAGAAUUUUC